AUGGCAGCGAUAAAAGGCCUGGGUAGAAAUAUCCCCUAUCUGAGGCAACAAUUCGCUGCCCUAUUAGGAAACACUAGUACAAGUGUGAAAUUCAUAUGCAUCGUUGUCCUAUUUUCUUAUUGCCUUUCAUUCUCCACGGAAGCAAUCCGUGUUUUAAGUGUGACACCAGGUUACCUGCUGCCUCCAGUUUUUUGGAUAUGGACAGCAUUUACCUUCUGUUUUCUCGAGAUACACUUCUGGGAAGUAUGUGUGGACAUUGUUACAGUAGGGCUGUGCGGGAAACUGAUCGAACCUCUUUGGGGUGCGAUGGAAAUGAUGACUUUCUUCGCUAUUGUUAAUUUUGGCGUCGCUGUUUUGUCAGCUUUAUUUUAUUUAUUUCUUUAUAUGUGUACCAAUGAUCCAGAUUUAUUAUUUGAUAUACACAUCCAUGGAUUGACUGGAUACAUCGCAGGUGUUGCUGUAGCUGUAAAACAAAUAAUGCCAGAUCAUAUUUUACUUAAAACACCAAUUGGAAAAAUUACAAAUAGAAAUAUACCAUUAAUGGUCUGGGUGAUGGGAGUGAUAUUAUGGCUUUUUGGAUUAUUAGAAGGUACUCAUCCAACUAUGUUUCUCAGCGGGUUAUUGAUAUCAUGGAUAUACCUCAGAUUUUAUCAGAAACAUAAUAAUGGUACACGUGGUGAUAUGGCAGACAAUUUUACAUUUGCAAGUUUUUUUCCAAAUGUUUUACAACCACCGAUAGCAGUUGUGAGUAAUACAAUACAUAGCUUUUUUGUACGCAUUGGAAUUUGUAAAAAAGUAGUCAGGAGAUUUGAUAUGUCUAAUGCUCCACCUGGUUUGAUUAUAAAUCUUCCUGGUAUUGAUCCCCAUGAUAGUGAAAGAAGAAGGCAAAUAGCGUUAAAAGCUUUAAGUGAGAGGUUGAGUAAGGAUCAUACAAAACCAUGGCAACCAGAUCGAGCUAAGAAACAUUCUCCAGUUCCUCCUGCAGUAUCAAUUCCAAUUCCUGAAUCUACUACCCCUAAACCUCUUGCAUCCCCUCUCAUUCCACAAGUUAGUGUUAACAUACAUAAUCAUACCUCUACUAAUACGUGAUUACAUCAGACAGACUGAUUUUACAAAGUAAAUGUAUAAAAAUAUGUUAAGAAACUUCUAAAGAAAAUGUUGAAAAUGGGACAACCAUGUUUGUAAUAUGGCAACAUUUAAUUGGGAAAAGAUUUUCGAUUGUAUAUAUGUAAAAUGUGACUUCGAGGUCAUCUGAAAAAUUAUUUUGAAGGAAAAAAACACCAAAACACUUAAAUUGCAUUGAGAAAACUCAGAUUUGUAAAUUAUCAUUUGUUAAAUCCAAAGAACAAAGUGCAAUACUCAAGCGGUGCCUUGGUGUUCAUAGCUUUUAAUGUAUCCAUCCUUGAGAGCCAAUCCUUAAAAAUAUAAACAUCGAGUUAAUUUGUUCUUUGGAAUUAUCAAAAAAAAGCUAAAAUGCUUAUUUGAUGUAGUUGUGAUAUUUUAAAGAAUAAAUUUUUGUCAACACUUUAUUUAAUUCUUAAUCCCAAUUAAUUACGUCAUAUUAUUAAUGAUACAGCAUAUACUCUUUAAAAGCUUCUUAAGCAAUAUAAAAGAUAUAACAGAAUCGAUUUUUCUAGUUUAUGAUGCUAUUUUCCAAGAAAAUCGUGUUCUUUGUUACUAAGAACUAUAAACUUUAUGUAAUUAAAUACCAUCGGUGAAAAGAUACAUAAUUUAAAUGUUUUUAAUAAAGAUCCUAAAGGUUCUGAAAUGUUGCAUAAAUGCAAUAUUGUUCCGUCUUUAAUAUUGUUUAGUAAUAACUGGAAGAGAAAUUACUAAUAUUAAUGAAGAAAAUAUAGACUGGCUUCCAGUACAAUAUUGUAAAAUAAUUUUCUUAGUAACAAAUUUAAAUUAAAAAAAGUUUUCUAUUAAUACGUUCUAGAAAAUAUUUUUUACCAUCAGAAUUCCAAUUAAAGAUUUUAUAUACUGUAAAAUAAUACACAACACACAUACAGAGUCCGGCCGAAUAAUAUGUAAAAGAAAAAAUAAGAAAAAUACAUAGAAUAAAAUUCUUUUACUUACGGGUUAGUUGCCGAAUAAAUCAAGUUCGAAAAUCCGCUGCGACACACUUUGUUCGUACAACUUGUCAUCGCGACAGCUAGACAAACACUAAACAUUCGGAUUAUACCGUAUGUUUACAUUUAACGUGUCUGUUUUUAUGUAUUAUUCGGCCGAACCCUGUAUGUAUUAAAAUCGGAUGCAAAUUCUCUCAUUUGAAAAUUAUGCAUUUUUAAAGCAAAAAACUGUAAAAUGUAUUAAGAUAUAUUUUUCAUGUUAUGCAUGAUUUUUGAAUUAUGAACAUUUUAUUUAGAUCGAAAAACUAAUUUAAUUGAAUUUAUAAAUUUCUUCUAUUAUGUUUACAGCAGUAAUUAUAUCUACAUGUAUAUCUGUAUCUAUGUAUGAUACAGAUUCAGAUUAUGUUUCAUUAAUAUCUAUAGUUUAUACAAAUUUAAACUAUUUAUUAAUACAUUUAAAGCACAUGUUAUUAAUUUAUUGUCAAUUUUAUUUUUUAAAAGUGCACAAACACAGUUAAUAUAGAUUUAGAUGCUUCUUAGAUACUGGCAUUUAAAAUAGUAAGUUGUACGUGAUGUAUUAUUUCUUGUACAUCUGAUUUUUUUUUUUUUUUUUCAUAAAUAUCAUUUUUGU